UACGAUACAGAAGCCGACAUGUCUGUGUCUGACUGGUACUUCCCAGCGUCGCAUCCUGGCUACUCCAGCCACCUUGAUCACAGCACCAUGUACCUCGAUCAACUCGCCUGCCCGAGCCCGCCCUACACCACUGGAUCUUACACCUUGCCCGCUCAGUGCUCAGACAGUACUUCCUCUAAAGAAACAAGUAGUUGGUCUACUUUGGAAGGAAGAAGUUCGUCAGAUGGUCGCCCAAGUCCCUCGUGUUCCCCGACCAGCAGUUGUGAGAGUGUUGAGUGCAGUUCGUCUCAUGGGUGGAACACACACAUAUCGGGGCCCUCGUCUUGGUCGUGGGGAGCCCCUGGCACCACGCAUCCUGUCUUGGCUGCUGUCUCAGACUUCAACAGCCCGGAGUGCUCCUUAUCAGAAGCCCGUGGUCGCCAAGCUAAAUGUCGUCGAAGACCACCCAAGAUUGUGGGUCGUGAAGUGAUCAAGAAACGUCGCCUGGCAGCCAACGCUCGGGAGAGACGCCGGAUGAAUGGUCUUAAUGACGCCUUCGAUAAGCUUCGUGAACAUAUUCCUGCCCUCAGUGGUGACCAGAAACUCUCUAAAUUCGAGACGUUGCAGAUGGCGCAGACGUAUAUCUCGGCCCUGGUGGAGCUUCUGCAAUAGUCGCGAAGGAUGAGAGAGUAACAUCUGGUCAGCUGUCACACCACUGUGUCGGCCUACGACGUCUACAGCCCGUGAACCUCAGUGCCGCGAGUGAUCAAGUGCCACCACUGCCCCGUGACCACCGUUUUGUUAGGAACUGGGACUGGAAGUGUCCAACAUGUCCAGUGAUUGGAUAAGUCUGGACCUCUGAAAGUCCACAAGUGUCUGUUCCGACUAGUGUCCGGAAGCGCCCGCCCGAGCUCCUAGUGUCGAGGAGUGCCACAAGGGCCGGGAGCUAGCAGCACGAGGACUCACCGAAGAGACGUAACCAAAAACUGUAUAUUAUUCAUAUAAUCACAAACUGGCUCAAUUUAGUGUUUAUCUGUACAGAUCACAAAUGUAUGUAUAUGUUAUGUAUCAUAAAAUGAACUAUUUUGUUAAUAAAACGUAAGAAAUUUA